AUGAACAUGAACCUAUGCUGGAGACUCACUCGCUCGUUCUCCCAACCCGCGAGACUUCGUCGGCAAAGUCUGGAUAUCUUCUCAUGUCGAUUUCCAUUCACAUCAAAGACCAGCCAUAUAUACCACCCUGAGGCAGAUGUGGAAUAUCUCGAGGAGUAUGUGCCCGGCGGGUAUCAUCCAACCCUCAUCGGAGACACCUUCUGCAGUGGCCGCUACGCCAUUGUUCACAAGCUUGGGUUUGGUGGAUAUUCAACAAUCUGGCUUGCCCGGGAUCAGCAACGCGGGCGCUACGUAUCGCUGAAGAUACUGACUGCGAGAGCAUCGCCAGAUAGCCGUGAGGGGAAGAUCCUUGAUUACCUGAUGAAGAGCGACAUUGAUCAUCCUGGAAAGCGAUUUAUUCCACCGCUACUUGACCAAUUCUCGUUUCAUGGUCCAAAUGGACAUCACCGGUGCUUGGUCGGUGAGCCUGCUGGCAGUAGUAUAUCCAAGUCCAAGGAGGACAGCACAGACCUUAUGUUUCCAGUGGACGCUGCUAGAUCUACAGCUGCCCAGCUCCUUUUAGGAUUGUCCUAUUUACAUGCAAAUGGCGUAUGCCACGGAGACUUUGACAGACUAAGCACGGCUGAGAUAUACCAACGCUUCGGCGAACCCAUCGAUGUUCCUGUUCAGCGACUGGACGGAAAGCCCAGUGAACCCCACGCACCGCCGCAUGCCAUCUAUCCGAUGGCUAUGAACAUGCCUGCCAACGAGCAGAAUGACCCAGAAAUCAUCAUCUCGGACUACGGAACGUCCUUUCUUGUGUCACAGACGCCCUCACCGACUCUCCACACCCCAGUCCUUUACUCUCCCCCAGAAGACCUUUUCAACGAGCCCAUCAUCCAACCCACCGCAGCUGAUAUAUGGACCCUAGGCGUCACCUUGUACGAGAUGAUCAAUACGCUGGGUCAGCCGCCCUCGAGAUGGUGGAGCUCUUGGGCUAACCGCUCCGAAUUCUUCGAGGAGGAUGGAUCAUGGGUCGCUGACUUCCGCCGUAUCAGCACCCCCGUCUUCCGGCGUCUGCCUCAGCGCCUUUGUGACAUGGGCCGUGGCGAGACAGAGCAGACGUGCGAAUGGGACGUUGCAGGCGGUGAACUACGUGCGUUGGAGGACUUGCUUAGAUCUAUGAUGGCGUUUGAACCUGCGGAACGUCCUACAGCGGACCAACUCCUGAGGUCCGAGUAUAUGGUCAAGUGGGCGUUGCCCGCGUGGGAGAGGCAGAAGAGCAGAAGCCUGAAAUAG